GAAAGAGGCCGAGGGCCUAUAAACAGGUGAGCGGGGUUCGCCAUGAAUCAAGAGACCAAGCAUCAAGCAUCAUCCAUUGAUUAGACUUACAGAGCAUCGAGAGAAAAUGGCUCCCUCUGUUGAUGCAGCUCUAAUUCAACCCGUAGAGGCUCGUCCAUCCCCAGAUUCAAUCAAAUAUUUAGAAAAUGUCCCAAUAAUCGACCUAGCUCCACUUCAGUUGCCCCAAAAUUCCUCCAAGGAGGAGGCCAUGACUAGUAUUGCUAAACAAGUGCACACUGCCUUCAAAGACUGGGGCUUCUUUAUAGUAGUUAACCAUGGUCUGUCGCCUGAUCUCUGGUCUAAUCUGAAGGUGGCCAUAGCUGGUUUCUCCGCUUUGCCACAUGAGGAGAAGAAGAAGGUAGCUAGAGAUAUAAGGAACCCUUGGGGUUACAAUGAUCAUGACCACACCAAGAAUACCAUGGAUUGGGUUGAAGUUUACGAUAAUAUGGCGGCGAUGGAGGAGCUCGAGGUACCGGAGAACAUGGAGCCAGACUGCAAGGAGACCAAGAUAAUAAGGAACAUGUGGCCGGAAAAGCCAGAGGAUUACAAGAAAAUAUGCCAGGACUUCGCCCAAGGGUGCUUAAAGUUGAGUUAUCAAUUGAUGGAGCUCAUUUCUCUCAGCUUGGGUCUCCCAUCUGAUCGAUUGCACCCCUAUUUCGAAGAGGGCAUGACCUAUAUUCGCACUAAUCACUACGCACCCUGCAGUGACCCAGAGUUGGCUUUGGGCAAAGGACCUCACAAAGAUCCAAGUGCAUUCACCCUUUUAACCACUGAUGAGGUUUGUGGAUUGGAGGCUUAUCGAAGAUCGGACGGUCAGUGGCUAAGGAUUAAGCCCAUACCCGACUCUUACAUCAUUGUUGCUGGUGACGUCCUUCAGGUAUGUAUUAACAAAUGCGUACAGGUUCUAUGAGGCUAGGGCUUAUGAAAAAAGGAAAGAAAAGAAAGCCUUAUCUCGAAACCUCGUCCAGGAAAUACUUUGGCCAUUGGAAAUCUCUAUAUACUUUGGACAUUGGAAAUCUCUAUAACGGUUUUAAAAACAAUUCCGUUACUGAUUAUAACAAUUGUAGUUAAAAAAUGAAACAAAUCUUACCUAUCCAUAAGCACUUGAAAAAAAGACGGUUUGGACGGCUUAUCAACUUACCCUAUUUUUAAGGAUUGAAAUCCCAAGUUUUUUUCACAACCAUGAUUGUGAAGGUCAAGAUAAUCGGCUUGAAGGUUUUAUGAUGUUAGUUCUACAAUUUUCCAUGAGUUUGGAGGUGAGGCUUUACUUACAGAAAGGGCUCUCUAUACGACUCCAUCCACAUAAAUGGUAUAUGUGAUCCUAGUCUCAGCCAUCAUAUUCGAGUAGAUGGCUUGUCUCACAAUGUCUCAAGCUAGCACUUAACCGU